CAUGGAUAGAAACCCUGUUCAGUACGAAGGUAAUUAUCUCAUUCUUGAUGAACCAGAAACAAACCGGGGGGUUCAGGAGACUUACUCUUCUCAAUCUGAUUGUUCGAAGAGACCUUCGUUUUUUGAACGUCUUACAGCUGUUAGAAAUCACAAAUGUGACGUUUCUUUGGGGUUGAAGCACGCCGAAAUUGAAUCGGCAAGAGAGAAAUCGAUGAAAUCCUUACAAGAUCGUCUACAUAGGAUCAAUUACGAUUUAAGAUCUCUACAGGUAGCAACUAAGGUCAAUGAAAUGAAAACGAUAAAGGAGAAGGAUCCGAAAGCUGAUUUAAUAGAAGAUGAAAAAUUAAUUGCUCAGUCCAUGAAAUAUUUGGAUUUUAAUCCAAAUAAUGUAUAUUAUUUAAGCAAGACCCUAAAAAUACCUAUAAGAACAGUACUGGAUACGUCUACCAUUUCACCUCAAGUUGCUAAAGCUAGAAAUGCCCUCCGUAUGGUAGAGUUAGAGGAACAAUUAAGGGAAAUUAAGGAGAGACUAAUGGCUCAAGCGGAAAUAAAACGACGUUUAGAAUUAAAUGAUCAAGAAGAGGAAGAGGAGGCGGAUAAACUGCCAGAAAUUGCAGUGAAAACAAAUGAAUCUAGACAGGAAAUUGACAAACUUACGAUGUUCAAUUUACCAAGUCUAAUUGAGGUUGAGGAGCCUUCAAAUUCUCCCCCUAGACCCUAUCGAAUGCAUACUACGAUUGUUGCUGAACCAUUUAAUCUAAAUCUACCGAAAUUAGAAAAGUCGCACACAAUUAUAGGUUUAUUACAAGAGUAUGGAGAGCAGAAGGCUCUGGACGAAAGUAGCGACGACGAAAGAGGAACACCAGAUCCACAAGCACCAACCGAUAGAUCUGAAAUUUAUGAUAAAUUAAAAUCCGCUGGUAUAGUACCACAAGAAAAGCAUGUUGUUCCCAAAAAACACUUUAAGAAAAGGCAAAGCAGAUCGUCAAGAAGGCCUUCUAGUAUGCUUAGCUCUUUCAAAGAGAGACCAACAGCUCAUUCAAUUAAAAGAAAUGAACAAGUAAUCAUACAGAACAAAGUAGAUACUUUCUUUAUGCAUUUAGAAAGGUCAACUGGUACUAGUUGGUCGAGACGCAUUGUUAUAGAUGAGGAAAAGAAAGGGGCUCCCAUAUCAAAUCGUAAAGAGGAAAAGAAAGGUAAGAAACAGUUGCAAUCUUUGGCAAAAUUAACAGCUCAAGUAAAUGGAGAGCAAAAGCAAAAGAAAAGAGAAAAACUAUCGACGAGUGUCAUUGAACGUCUCUUGUCUAUAGGAGCGAAAGUAAAGAAUAUUCCACAGGGUUAUCCUUCUAAUUGUGCUGCUAGGAGUAAUCGACAUAGCGCAACCUUUAAAUUAAGAAAACUAGUAAAAGAGAUGCUGGCUAACAAAACAACUUUUGAGGAAAUGAAAUAUAACGAAGCUAAAGAAGGUUUACUACCAGAUUUAAAGAAGAAUAUAAUGUUUUAA